AGCCCAGAGGGAAAGAAAGAGCUGGGGAGAUCCGGUAGGUAAAAGAGGGGGCCAUCAUUCUUCUUGCCCCGUUUGGGCCUCUUUACUGCCUGAAUGUGCAAGGGGAGCUUUUUCUCAAUGCUCCCUCUUCAAACUGAACCGAAACAAAUGUAAAUCCCUCUUUUCCCUGGUGAGGCAAAAAGAGGCCGUGGCCACAAUGCAGUUAAACACAGAGCUGGUUUUAACCCCAGCGCUCUGACCCAAACUGCCAUGCUCCCGGAAAUUCCAAGGAACCGGGUGGCCUUAGUCCUUCAGGUGAAACAUCGUGCGCUAUGGGAAAGAAAACCAAGCGAACAGCUGAUAGUUCAUCUUCAGAGGAUGAGGAGGAGUACGUCGUGGAGAAGGUGUUAGACAGACGCGUGGUUAAGGGGCAAGUGGAAUACCUACUCAAGUGGAAAGGCUUCUCUGAGGAACAUAAUACCUGGGAGCCUGAGAAAAACCUGGAUUGCCCCGAAUUGAUCUCAGAGUUUAUGAAAAAGUACAAAAAGAUGAAGGAAGGUGAAAACAACAAGCCCCGGGAGAAGUCAGAAAGCACCAAGAGAAAAUCCAGCUUUGCCAACAGCGCUGAAGAGAUCAAGUCAAAAAAAAAGAGAGAGCAGAGCAAUGAUAUUGCCCGGGGCUUUGAGAGAGGACUGGAGCCAGAAAAGAUCAUCGGGGCAACAGAUUCCUGUGGAGACUUAAUGUUCCUAAUGAAAUGGAAAGACACUGAUGAAGCUGACCUGGUCCUUGCAAAGGAAGCCAAUGUAAAAUGCCCACAGAUUGUGAUAGCAUUUUAUGAAGAGAGACUGACGUGGCAUGCAUAUCCUGAGGACGCGGAAAACAAAGAGAAAGAAACAGCCAAGAGCUAAAGCAAGGGUGGCUUCUGUCAUUUCUCUUUGUAUAUAUAACACAUUCACUUCCCCACUGCCUCCUCUUCCCCUUCCAGCCCCACUGCCCCUUCUGUCCUAAACACAUCCAUAAAAAAAAAUGUGCUUAUUACUGUGCUACACAGAAGAAAUGUUGGUAUUGGUUCUCAUAACAUAAAUGAUGGUCUGAUUCAUGAUGUGUCUCUAGUGAAGACCAGCCAUUUACAUACUGUGUGUAAUCCACCCCAUCUUCCCCUUGCCCUGACUCCUUCCUUCUCUUCUCACCCCCAUCCCCACCCCCACCUUUGCCCCAAGAUGAUGUUUUAACUUUUUAAUCAUCUUAGAGUCUUGAUCUUUUUCAGGAUUGGAUUUGAGGGUUUUGUUACAAUGAUGAUCAUUUUAGUUAUUUGCUUUGGUUUCAUUCAGUGUGUUGAUGACCAACAGGCCUCAGAAUUGAGGUGUUGGAAUAGGAUGGGGAAUUUGGGAGAUUUUUGCAGGCUGUACUUUGCCUGGUUUUUAUAAAGCCACUAGCACCUACCUACCUGCUAGGCUUUCUCCAACCCCCAAGAAUACAGUGUGCCCAGUGAGGUUGUGUGGGCCCUGUUCCCCAACCUCCCAACAGAAAUACUUAGGGCCCUGAAAAAUACAAAAAUAUUUCUUGAAGUACCUCGGACCCCUAAACUCAUGUCUUUUAGCAGGCUUUGUUUGUUUCCGCAAAAAAAAAAAAAGUCCAAAGUGACAGGAUUGUUAACAAAUUGUUAGCUGUAGUGCAUGUGGAUGGGGAGGAAACCUAGUUCAUUUUUUUUUUUUUUAUUAACAUGCAGUAUAUAUAUUACUCCCUUCCCUUCCUCUUAUCUGGACUGUGUAUUUAUGUAGGUGUGAGUGACUACCUGGUGCUUGUGCCAAGAUCCUGGGUGUUUUCUCUCUCUCUCUCUCCCUCUCCCUCUCUCCUUCUCUCCCUCCCUCCCUUUCCGUCCUCCUCCCCCCUUCUCUCCCCAUCACUGCCAAUUCUUUCUUGUAGCCUCCCAAAGCUUUCUUCUUAACUACCAAAGAGGCUUCAAACCAUUCCCCUAGCACUCUUUGUUCUCCUUAUGCAGUCCUAGGGAAGCUAGGUCUCUUUUACACCCCAUUCUCUCCACACACUAUCAUCAAAGUGGAUAAAGGGGAAGCUCUCAGAGAAGAGCCAUUGGCUACAGCACCAGCUAUGAAGAUGCAUCAUAUUUAAGGUUCCAGAUAUCCUCACUUUAUGAUUUUGGCUUCCAUUCAUAUUUUUUAUGUGUUUUUCAUGGGAUUUCCUCACUUGUUUUCUGGAAUGUUGCCCUAGUAAGGAACUAGCUGGGCAGAAGGUGGCUAGACAUUUGCAUCUUGACACAACUUCCUGUUGCCCUUCCCAUCAAAAUAGGUUCCCCUUUGGUUUCCUGAUAUAGUGUGGUCCUAUCCUGAUCCUACCUUUCUCUCCUUCCUCCCAGCCUAAGAAACAGGUUGCUUCUUUUUCUGAUUGCGGUUGGGGUUUAGCAGAUCAAGUAAAGAAAAGGCAAGAAUUUAGGGAUCCUAACUACAGUCCUAGUUCCAUAGAAAUAUAAAUAAAUAUUAGAAUUAGUCUUAACUCAAUAGGGAUCCGCUGCCCCUGAGGCUAUUUUUGGUUUUGGUUUUUUACACUUAGCUCUCUGGCCAGGAACGUUCUACUGUUGCUAGAUUGUUCAGAGUAAAGGGAAAUAGAUACAUUUCUCUAAAUCUAUAGAUUUCAGAUCAUAUGCAAAUCAUGCAUUGAUUCAUAGUAUUUGUGAACUCAUUUACCUGGCAGUUCAGCUACUGGUUUGAGUUCUGUGUAUUUGUAUAAAUUAUCCCAAACACCAUACUGUACCAAAUUGUAAAGAAGAUAGGUGUUUCUUUCUAUAGCAACCAGAUAGACAGGAAUGAUGAUGCUUGAGGUGGUCACCGGAAAGUGUUUCUGUUCAUAGUGGCGCGAUUUGGUGAGAAAUCCACAAACUCUGUACCUCCAGUGACCCAAAGGUUUUCAUCUCUUCUCUCCCUUUGUUUCCAUUGAACAGCAAAGACCUAAAAAAUUCAGGCACAAGAACAAUUGUGAGUUGAUCAUAUUUGACUUGGGAGGAGGGAAGGAAGAAAGAUGAUUGAGAAGCAAUCAGUAGGUACCUAUGGGCAUUGAUUAACCUACUCCUUAGGAGCAGGAAUCUGUAGGCCAAAGCCUCUGAGUAGAUGGGCUACCUCUGGGCUUGCUACUGACAACAACAGUUGGGUCAGGUGAUCUUCUGAAUCUUCUGAAUGAAAUUGAACAGCUUAUAGGAGACCUAUAAAAAAGUUCAUCAGAAUCUGAUGUUUUACUUCUGACAAAUGAUUCUUAGGUCAUGCAGUGUUCCUCACUACUUUCAUUCCUGCCCCUUUCCUCAUUCCUGCUUAUUCUCUCCUUCUGUUAGACACCAGUGCUACACUGGAUCUUUGCCAGCACUGCUUUAAUCCCCCACCCCUAAACCCCUAGCUCUGUGAUAACUGGUUUUUCAGGAAUGUAGGGAGGCCAUAGCCCCAGGCUAGGUGACUGGCUCCAGCCUCCCUUCUCUCUUUUUAUAGGACUGCUGUUAGAGCUUCAGUAGCAGAUGUCUGCCCACCACCCUAGGAUUUCUUUCUUUCUUUUUAAGUAAAGCAGCUGGUGUAGGCUUUCUUGGUCCUUGAGAAAGUAUCUUCAAGUAGGAGCAUGUUUCCUUGGAAUCCUGUGCCCUCAGAGGAGUUAAUAGCUGUGGCUUAAAUAUUUUCAUGCCCAGGUCUUAGAUGUUAAAAAUAUUUGUUGGACUCUGGAAUUGUCAUUCAAAAAUCAUGAUCCUUCCCAAUAACUUCUAAAUCUCCCAGUCUCCUCCCAAAUGGGAUUUGGAAGGAGAUGAGGCAGUUGAUUUAAGCCACAGGAUAGGCAGAUGGCCCCCGUAUUGAGAGCUUAAACUUUCUCAGCAGUAAUAGAACCAACUCCCCUGAGUUCAGGAAGAGCAACAUAAUCCUUUUCCCCCUUCUGUACUGAAAUCCAGUCCUGUCUGUCCAAGGAAGCUGCUAGCCUCAUGAUUGCCCAACACUCAGAUUAUCUUAAAUCAGAGACAUUUUUAUUCUCUCCUUAUACUUUUGUGACAGAUAUGUUAAAAAUUAUUAAAAGAGCAGUUUAUGAAUUUUUAAAAGUACGUUUCAUAUGAAACUGAUUAGUUGUGACUAGAUCAUCUGAGUUGUGCCUAAUCCCUCUGGUCUAGUUUCAUGAUUCUGUGCAGAGGACCAUGAAGGUGGCCCCCUUGAUCUAAGUCCAUGGUGUGUUCUUAGAUUGUCACUAAUGACAUGUUUCAGGCUUUUAAUUGUUUGCUGGUUGAUAACUGGGAACCUUUCUUGUGGCUGGCACUUGGUGGCUGGCAGAGUUGAGAUGUUGCCGUAGGUCUUUACUGCUUUAUGGAGCAGGGAUUCCCUGAUGUGCAUGGCAUAACAAGAAGGUUGUGUCUGCCUGGAUUUUGUCAACUCUCUUCCAGAGAUCAGAGCCUGUUGACAUUUGAUGCCACAUUAUCCAUCUUUGCAGUUACUAUCCCCAGAGCUGAGGUACUAUCAUCCCUAAUAGCCUUUAUGUCAUCAUGAAGGGCACAUAGUUGGUAUCACUAAGAAGCCAUGAAGGAGAGGGUGGAUUUUCUUUCUUCUUCUUAAUAUGUUCAAUGAUACUAGUUGAUUUUGGAGUCAGUGUAAGCCACAAGUCUGCUGUGGUUCUAGAGGUCCAGGCUUGAGUGAUGUUCCAUCAUAGCCAAGGGAGGGGUCCUCAGAUGGGACUGCAGCUUGAAUCAGCAUCAAUUUGGUGCUUUGGUGGUUUUCCCCCUCAGGUGGGCUUAGUUGGAAAGCUAUGGGUGAAUCAUGAGAAUGUCUGGACAUUGUAGGCUGUGUCUUUUAGGUCCACCUCCCCUUUGUGCUUAACUUGCAUCUUAAGAAAGACCUGACCUUAUUUACUGGUUCUAUUCACUCCUCUAAUGAAGGCCACCCUGCUGUCAUCUCUUCUCAGCAGAUCAAAUCAUAAAGAUUUGUGCAUGUAUAAACACUUGUGUCAAAUGCAUUAGGAAUCUUUGAAGCCUGUUGCUUGUGUGUUUCUUGACCCUAAGAAAAUGAUGAAUUUUAACCACUACAGUUUAGAGUAGCUGUAAGUUAGGUGGUAAGACUAGGUCCCUCCAAAAUGUGAUAGUUGUUCUUAAUUCCCUGUACUUGGGUCUUUAUGGAAAUCUGUCUGUGGGGGAACAUGAAUCUAUAUGUUUAUGCCGGGCAGGUGGUGGGUGUCUCUCUAGGUCUAGUAAGGGAGUUAGGACAAGGGGCUUGUUGGGGGGGAGAGGGGUGCAGAGGGGAGUAAUUUCCUAAUUGUCUGGGGGCUUAAUUUUGGGGUUAGAGGAAACAAACUAUUUUGCCAACCUUACUAAAGUGUUGUCUAGACUACCUUACAGGUUAGAAGAAGCUUCAUAACAGGUCUGCCCUGCCAUCACACUGACUGUACUCCCCCACUGCUAGCACAGAGGAGUAGUGUGCUUUGUUCACUUCUCAGAUUACAGGUCUUUCCAUUUGUAGCACUGCCCUAGAUUCCUGGUGGUCUGGACCAAGAGCUGCUGCUGGAGUGCAUUUGGUAUUUUCCUUUACAGGGAGAGAGACAAAGUUCAGUGGCCUUCCCACUCUUUGUAGAGAAACUCUUCACAUUUCUGAUUUCGUGUGUUCCUUAAGGUAUUUUUGGCCUUAUCUCCUCAGGGCCUAACUCAUCGGGGUUUUGAGGUGAUGAAAAAGUGCCUUAUGGACCAGAUGGAGUAUUCAGGAGUCAGAAGAUUCUGGUUUGAACAGCAGUGAUAGGAAUUGAGUCACUCACCUUCUGUCAGUAGAGUCUACAUUUUGAGGGUUUGUUUUUAAUUUUCUCCAGACAUGGUGAUGGAUCUGCACUGAUCCAUUCUCUUGACUAGUCCUUUGUUACCAGUGGUAUAUAUUUCUUUGCAAGAUGUUGGCUCUGUGUCAGGGGUUAGCAAGGCCUGUAACCUUGAAUAGAGGGACAUUAGCUGUCCCAGCCAGGAAUUCAGCCUAAGAUACUGGCCUUUUUCAUAAGUGGUAUGUUCUUCUCAAUUGUGCUAAGCUGGUCAUAGACUAAUAUCUGGGAGUGAUUUAUUUGUUCUCUUCUAAAACACAAAGGUAACUCAAGGCUAGAUGUUUUCAUUCUGGAAGAGAGAACUUAACAGUUCUUGGUGAAAUGGGAGUCCUUAACCUUGUCCCUGGCUUAGGGUCUUGACUGAAGGAGUUCCUGAUACAGUUGAACCUCCAUGACUUAGGGUCAUUCAGGGCAGAAUUGGAUAGAUAAUGCUUAUUUUGUAGAAUUUCCUUACAAACAAGGACUUGGUCCCACAUUUUUUGUGUGUCCAUCAUAAUACCUAGCAUAAUGCUUUGUAUAUGAGCGACGCUCAGUAACUGCCAGAUUUCCCCAAACCUCAUUGGAGCUGAUAUCCUUGUUAAAAAAGCAUUUAUUUUGUUGAAUAGUUGAGUGUGUCCCUUUGGUAGAUAACUAGAACAACUUCUGUUCUUUGGCAGAUCUUUUACCAGAGCUAUUUUAAAAAUUCCUUUCCUUAAUAGAAUUUUUAAGAGUGAUUAGAAGGCCUGAAAAGAAGGAAAGAGUAAAUGGGAACAUGGAUUAGCCACAAGUAAGCUGCUUUGCUCUGAAUGGGUGAAGGUUGCAAAAAUAUUUCCAGUUUCUUUUCUCUUCAGCUGAAUUUCUUGGGUUUUAAUCUACCUCAUUUUAUCAAAAUAAGUUUCGUCAGCUUGUGUCAUUGCUGCUCUAAAUGUCAUCAGUGACUGGUUAUUCCCUAAGUGGUGGUUUUUGCCUCACCGUGAAUGCAUGUUCUUUUGCCUUUUUUCUCCCCAUCUUUGUUUUCAUAUUGCUUCAGGCCUUCUCCUGGAGCAGUCUUUUCCAUCUAGCCCUUAGUUUGUGGGAGGCAGCACUCCUAGGACCUAUCGCCUCUGAGAUUAGCAAGGGAAGGAAUUUUGAAACAAGGUGUUGAGGAAGGUGAGGGCAAUCACUGGAGAAACCUGUGCUCAAAGGCAGCCUACACAGAAAGAGCCAUUAAUUAAGACGUUUCAAAGUCAACUGAUUGUGGUCAUUAAUGUCACAAUAGAUCAAAACCUCAUUAUCACAGGCUCAGUAAGAGCCGUCAGUAUUAAUCGGAAAAUCUAAUAGGAAACUAUUAUCGAGAAAUUAGGCCAAAUUGAAUCCAAUGAACUUCCCAUCUCGUUAUGCUCUGUUUUGGGGUGUGACCCAUGGGGUCUGGUGCAAGCCUAAGUAAGUACAGCUCAUUCUGUAAGGGGUGUUAUCCUCCCCACAGCCUGAAACUAGCCAGCUAGGUCAUCCUUGUUUCAAACACCCAACUCAAAAUGUCCGUGUCCAGAUCUUGCAAGAAUUUGUUGGUUGACCUUUCUGGAACUAGUGUUUCCCAAGUAGAUCCAUUGUUUAUAAACCCCAGCUGGAUGCUGAGGAAUUUAAAGAGACAGAAAUUCUCAUCCUUUUUUUCAAAGCAGUUAAAGUGUAAUUGAAUUGCUAGGUUUGAGUUUGACGUGUUAACAGCCUUUUUUGAGGUUGGCCCUGGUGUUCCAAGUUUGAACAUUUAUUUCUAAAGCAAACCUAUGGAAAUAAGAUUUUUACCAUAGAUAAGAUUUCUUACUUCGACAUUUGAAGUUGAUCUGAAGAACUAAGAAUAGCUGCUCUUUUUACCUUCUUUCUAUUGCUAAAUGAUUGCUUGAGAAGGAAAGAAUGAAACAAGAUACUGUAUCUAGUUGGGGAGAAAUGAAUUGCCUCAUGAACUCAUGAGCUGCCUAUCACUGAUUUAAGUUGAAGUUGUUUGACCACUUGGAAUCUUAGUUGUUGUAGACAGGAUUCAUGUUUUAGGAAGGGGUUGGACCAGAUAACCCCCUGUAACAAAUUUAGGUCAAAGACCCCGAGUAAAUUUAAAAGCAGCUUAAGCCAUUUUAAGCUGCAUUUGUUUGUAUACUAUUAAUCUUUAGUUGUUUUGAAAAUGCCACAGUAAUUGAAGGUGAGAUGUUACAGAAAGAAAAGUAUCUUUUCUCAGAGGAGGUGGGGGCAGAGCAGGACAGACAGUGUUGGCUGCUGCAGUCCUUGCCAUGCUCAACUUUGUCCAGAGAUCUGACUCACAAUGCCAGCCUUCUUUAAGGACCUGGUAGCUCAGAGCAAUGCAGAGACCACCACUGUCAAGCUCUUCAUACUCCCUCUCAAAAGAAGCAUCUUCUCACCCAUUGGUUUCUGACUAGCACAUGAUUUUCUGAUCCUGCAGCCUUUCACUGUAGCACCCUGAAGAAUCAGUGACUCGAUCCUCUUCCCUGCCCCCAAUUCUUGGUGCAGGUUUGCCUUGAUUUAAGCAGGCCUGAUCGUAAAUGGUAGAUGUUAAAAGCAAAUAAAUUGGAGUUGAAUGGGGGUAGGGCAGUAAUUUUUCCCCUUACCAAAGGGUUCUUUAAAUGGCAAAAAAAGAAAAAAAAAACCCAACACCUGCUGAGUCUAAAAUACUGAUUUCCUAAAAAACCAUGCACAGCUUUACCAGAGAGUUCUUAGGAGUAAGGACUAAUCUGUUGUGCCCGUUAGCUCCUUACCUGUCCGAGGUGCUCGGUAGGUGCUCAAUAUUUGUUGUUUGAGAACAUCUUUUGUGCAAAGGGAGGUAUACCUGCACACAUCGCUAUCAUGCAAACCUUCGGAGUCCAAGGCCCACUCUAGGAAGUAGCCUAAUCAUGUAGGACGUGGCACAGGAGUUGGGUGUGGAUGCUAGGUCUGGUGUCUGCUGACCCCCCUCAACUGACUCAUAAUGGAUGACCUUGGGCAAGUCAUUUUCUCUCACUGCCUCAGUUCCCCCAUCUGCUAAAUGGGGGCAAUAAUACUGACCUACCUCACAGGGGUGUGAGGCAUUGCCAAUUGCUCAAAAAGUGCUUAGGAUCUUUGGGUGGAGGAUGCUGGGAGCUGAAGUCUUAAGCCUGGCCCAGGCUUUGGUCCUCAUUGAACUGUCUCCAAGAGUGGAAUGACUUAGCAACCCAAGCCAAUUUUCUGUGUGUCCCAUACUCCCCUGUCCCUCCAGUCACCCUUUCAUCAAAGCUGCUAAUUCAGAUGUUGACAGUGUUUUCAUAAAUGUUGGAGUCGAAUAGCCAAGAAAUAAUUGUGGAAUUGUAAGAGGGGGAGGCACUUGCUGUUUUCUUUGUCUUUCCACAGAGAAGGUGGGGGUGUUUCUCUUGUAUUUGGAUUCUAGUGCCCAUGGUCUGAGAAAAGAGGCCCAUGCUGCCCCAGGAGCAGAAAUGACCCCAGCGGUUUUGAUUCCAUUCUUUCUUGACUAUAUCCAUACAUUUACAACUGAUCUGAUCUUAGGACAGCAACAUCCUUACCACCAUCUUUAUGGAAUCCGUUCCCAAGCUUCCUCCUGGGAUCUUGUGUGCCUCCCCUUCCUAUUUCCUAUGUAAGGGAAGAAUGUGUAUAUUGCCACAUUGGAAAUAACCAUUUUUAGAGUAUUGUUACAUUUAACACUCCCAAACUAGAGUGUGGAUGCUCCCUAAUGUUUCAUCCAAGCCAUUAUAUUCAGCAUCUAUUAUCUCUCUUCCCCAGGGUUCACAACGUGGACCUGAUGUUGUUUUUACUGGUCUGGUUUGGAAUGGCUUCUCUGGGCCCCAUUUUGUUUUCCCAGACAUGGGCUUAUGGGCCUUGCUUUUUCUCAGUUUCAGGGGGCUCAUCCAGUCCCUGUCACCAACAAGACCCAUUUUUUCCUUCCCUUACCCUCAUUCCUGGAUCUGUAACCCACGAAAAAGCACAAGGUCUUGGCCCCUUGCUGCUGUUACAUGUUCCUUUUUGUGUUACACGGACUCUUCUCCUUACUCUUCGCCCAGCAUCGGAAAUGCCAAGCACAGCUCGUGGGAAGUCUGGACAAUGGAGAGUGCUCAGCUGCCACAGGCCAGGAAUGAGAACUUCAGUACUGGCACCGUAGCCCCUCCCAGCUAUCCCCCCAGACUGGGCGCCAGGUCGGCCCAGGAGGCUGACGCAUCUCUCGGCACCAGGCUUCAUGGUAGCUUUCUUUACCAUCCAAAGCAGAUCGGAUCACAAUUUGGAGCCAGAUGUCUGGAUGGAAAAUGGGAGAUUGAAUUUUUAAUGGACUUUGUUUUGUGGGGGAGUUUGGGGUAUGCUUUCUUGGUUUGAUUUUGGCCAAGUCUGGCUAAUUUUUUUUAAAGGAAAAUUGUGUAUGUUACACCUUUUAAAUGUAAAUGUUUAAAAAUAGGCAUUUAUGUGUUUCCACAACUGACAUCCAAUGCAGACCUCAUUCUCUCCCCUUCCACCACCUUCCUCUUUUUCUCCCUCUUUUCAUACUCUUGUAUUGGUUCUAAUAAAUGGUUGCUUUUCAAAUUG